GCGACGGUCACUCGGCAAAACGAAAAUCGAAAAACCGACGAAACUCGGAGAACACGGAUUCGACUCUCGAAUCUGAACUUGACCGAAUCCGUAGUCCGAAUCCUCUGCAAUGUGCGCGCCAAUCCGCAGAACAGUCGCCCAGUGAAUUUGGCACUUUGCAAAUAAAUUUCGCUCCGCCGCCGUCGCACACACACAAACCCCCGCACCGCGCACACACACACCGCAACAAGCCUAGUGAAAAAGUUGCAAUAAGACAACAAAAACCGACGUGCUGGUGGGAAAAUCGAUUUUCCUUUAACCAAAUCUUAACACUCGUUGUUAGCUUGUGCUCUUCCGAACGUCUAUAUUUUCAUUAAUUUUUUUUUUGUGCAAAGUACGCCUAGAGCGAGGGAGAGAGAAAAAGCGGCGUAAACCGGUGAAGAGAGAGGGAGAGUGUUCUUCGGCAGAAAAUUAGCAAGGCAACAAACGUUUAAAAAUAUAUACAUAUAUUCCAAUAUAAAAUUUGCUAAUAUUAAUGACAACUCAAGAUCACCAACAAAAACAAAAACCCAGCAACAAGAAAUUCGAAUACGAAAAUAAACCAAACAAAUCGGCGGGAGCAAGAAAAGAGAGAGAGAGAGUGUGAAAGACGGGAGAGGCGCCAAAAGAAGUAUAUAAUUUUCGCGGCACACCCAAAAACGCGGAAAACUCCCGCCCAUCCUCGACACGCCUUCAAGCCUCCUGCCACACCAAUAACAAUAACAACCUGCAGCGUAGAGAAAAGCAAAGAAAAUCAACGGACAGAUAGAAAAAGAAACCCAAACAUUCGGACACUUCCUCUUCUUCUUCCCACUCCGUUUUGGCAUGGAAAACAUGAAAUGUCUGACCAGGAAACAGAGCUGAGAGUCUCAAAUGCAAGCAAGCGAACGCCAGCGGCAGCAACGAAGUCCAAGUUCACCAAUAGCUGAAGAGGAAGCCCAGGAGACGCCACGCCGGAGUAGCACUCCCAGGAGCUGAUAGAGGAUUUGGAGCACAACUUAUCGACGACUUGGGGUGUCUGGGUCAACUUCCGUUGCGCUCAGCAGAAAUCGCUGAGUUUAAGGCACAAACAACUUACAAAAUUAUAUAGUUAGUUCUGGCCGGCGAGCUUACUGACUGACUCAUCAUUCUGUUUUGAGUCGGACACGAACGAACAAACAAGGAUCGGAGGCAGAUAAGGAUUACACUGAGACGCCGGAGCAUAAGUUUACUUAAGGCAGGAGGACGAUAGCCAUUUAAGAUACUUUCUGCACAACACAAACACAAAAACAACAAAAAACAAAACAGCACACAACCCGCAAAGCAAGAUGAACUCUACCACAAAGCAUCUGCUGCACUGCACACUGCUCAUCACUGUGAUAGUUACCUUCGAAGUAUUCUCCGGCGGUAUUAAGAUUGACGAGAAUUCGUUUACGCUCGUGGAUCCAUGGACUGAAUACGGCCAAUUUGCCACGGUUCUGCUGUACUUACUGCGCUUUCUCACGCUCCUGACGCUGCCCCAGGUGUUAUUCAACUUUUGCGGCCUGGUAUUUUACAAUGCCUUCCCCGAGAAGGUUGUCCUUAAGGGCAGUCCCUUGCUGGCACCCUUCAUAUGCAUCCGGGUGGUCACACGCGGCGAUUUCGCGGAUUUGGUCAAGACAAAUGUUCUACGCAACAUGAACACCUGUCUGGAUACUGGAUUGGAGAACUUUCUAAUCGAAGUAGUUACGGACAAAGCGGUCAAUCUGGCGCAACAUCGCCGCAUCCGGGAGAUUGUAGUGCCAAAAGAGUACAAGACGAGAACCGGAGCGCUGUUUAAAUCUCGGGCACUGCAGUAUUGUCUGGAGGAUAAGGUCAAUGUGCUGAACGAUAGCGACUGGAUUGUCCAUCUGGAUGAGGAGACGCUGCUAACGGAGAAUUCGGUCCGUGGAAUCAUCAAUUUUGUGCUGGAUGGCAAGCACCCAUUCGGCCAGGGACUGAUUACCUAUGCCAACGAGAACGUGGUCAAUUGGUUGACCACAUUGGCCGACAGCUUUCGAGUCUCCGAUGACAUGGGCAAGCUGCGGCUGCAGUUCAAGCUCUUCCACAAGCCACUGUUCAGCUGGAAGGGCAGCUAUGUGGUCACCCAGGUGGGUGCAGAGCGUUCAGUGUCGUUUGACAACGGAAUCGAUGGCUCGGUGGCCGAGGACUGCUUCUUUGCGAUGCGAGCUUUCAGCCAAGGAUACACCUUCAACUUCAUCGAGGGCGAAAUGUACGAGAAGUCGCCGUUCACACUGCUGGACUUUUUGCAGCAGAGAAAGCGUUGGCUCCAGGGCAUCCUCCUGGUGGUGCACUCCAAGAUGAUACCCUUCAAGCACAAGCUGCUACUGGGCAUCAGUGUCUAUUCGUGGGUCACCAUGCCGUUGUCCACGUCGAACAUCAUCUUUGCGGCACUGUAUCCCAUUCCCUGUCCAAAUCUGGUCGACUUUGUGUGCGCCUUCAUAGCGGCUAUUAAUAUCUAUAUGUACGUCUUUGGCGUAAUCAAAUCCUUUUCGCUAUACCGCUUCGGAUUGUUCCGAUUUUUGGCCUGCGUGCUGGGGGCGGUAUGCACGAUACCAGUGAAUGUGGUCAUCGAGAAUGUGGCCGUAAUUUGGGGACUGGUAGGCAAAAAGCACAAGUUCUAUGUGGUCCAGAAGGAUGUUCGCGUACUGGAGACUGUUUAGGAUAUUGUCGAACUGGAGAUGGGAGUCAUUAAGUAGCCAUAACCAAAUGUAACAGAGCAAAAAGCAAACAAAAAUUUCGCACAAUAUGGCCAGGAUCAGUGUGUUGCCCUGUCACUAUCAGAUUGAUUUACUUUAUUUGUACAUUUUCUAAGAAUAAGAGUCACCCACACGAGCACACACAUACACACACACACACCCGCACAACACACACACACACGCAUAUAGUUGUUGUUUCGUUCUAAAGUCAUGAUCAUUCAUAAUAUUGCCAAAAAAGAAAAAAAGGAAACAACUUGGAGAACAGAAGGUUAUUUGACCCGAAAGAACAAAUGUUAUAGACAACGUCGUAAUAGAAGAUCUAUAAACAUACACCACUCACCAGCAACAAUAACAAUUGGGGGACUUGAAAGGAUCCAAGAAAACCACAAACAAAAACUCUCCAUUAAGUGUAAUUUCAUUAUAAAUAUUUUUUUGUAUAGUCUGUAGUGAAAGAAUGCGCUAUAUUUAUAUAAACAUAAAUAUUGUAUGUAUAUUGUAGAUUUAUUAUUAUGUUUACGAUUAUUUAAAAACGUGUACAUUGAUGUAUUGUAAAUUGAUAAUCUGUUAAAUAUCAUUCACACCCGAACCCAGGGAUAAAAAGCGAAGCAAACUUGAAUGUUUAGACUUAUGUACUUACAUGUGCAAAUAUUGAUGUACUUUGUGUGUUGUUUGGCAUGUACAUAUGACAUAUAUGUAUACGGCAUGCUCUACAAGACAUAUAUACACCCCCACAUCCCGAGGAUCCGGAUCGACAUUCUUCCCGUAUGAUUUCCUUCACCCCAAAAGAUUCAUGAUGGUGUGAAGGAUUUGAUCUUGAUAAAUGUCCAAAGAUCCUGGAUCUCCUCGAGGCCCCGUCGAAUUUCUAUGUUCUUUGAUUUUGUAUUACUCUGUAUUUACUCGUUUUGUUUAUUUCUCUUCGUCAUUCUGUUUAACUGUUAUCGGUGCUUUGAAACCCACGCCCAAAACACACCCCCAGAAAUAUGGAACACGUGCAUUGCAAUCACCUCGUAAAUCCCAAA